ACACAACAUUUCAAUGAAGUGGUCGUUGCCUGGCCAUUUCCCACACCAACAACCAUAAAUACAACAUUGCUAUAAGGCUACCAGCCCCAUCCGACAAUCUUUAUACACAUAUAUCGUGUUCAUUUGCUAUUGUUAGACCGAAGCUGGACAUCAACUAUUUGGUGUGUCCAGGGAAAGCCACUACAAGCUAUAGGAGCAGAAUGACGUCCAUGGUAUCGGGAUCAGCCGCCACCGUUGUGUGUACAUGCAAGCAAACUCGUUUCGACAUUGGAAAACCGAACUAUCGCGAGCUGGAUGUCGAAGGUCUCAAUAUUGUGGUGUCUUCAGAGACGAGUUCAGGUAUUAAAGCAAAGAACAAGUCAAAAAACCAGGGUACCGAGAUCCUCAACAACGCCAAGCUUCGGCUGAAAGCAGGUCAACGAUAUGCACUUAUCGGCCGGAAUGGGACUGGUAAAUCAACGUUACUAAAAGCCAUAGCUGAGAAGCUGAUUCCCGGGAUACCUGAAGAGACGCGUGUCGUAUUGUUACAGCAGACAGACGCCAGAGAACCCAGUUUUGGUGAACAUCCGGGCUCUUCGGUGGCGUCGAACUUGGAUUGUUUAACCGUGCUAGAAGCUGUCAUUGAACGUGCAACUGCACGACAUAUGAUUCAGCGGGAGGUCGAAGUGCUAUCAAGAGGCAUCGAAAGCACCAAUGCAUAUGGCCCUCUGCGUGCUCUUCGUAAAGUCCGAUAUGAACGGCUCCAAAAGGAAUUGUUCCUUAAGGACAAAGAUGCCAGACUUCGCAGUGGCGCUCGCGGCAUGGCUGCUAGAAAGGCGCUGCUCGCGACUGAAAAGGAGGUGGAGGCUUGCAAGACCAUCUACUCAGAGGACGAUCAUGGCAUCACAUCCGAUGUAUUGGCAAAAGAGACGAGCGAAGCAGCAGACAUGCUUGCAGAACUUGAACUUCAGAUCGAGCCGUCGAAACUCGCCGACGUUGAAUCUCGGGCAAAGAAGAUCUUGAGCGGUCUAGGCUUCUUGGACGCACAAAUACACAAACAAGUCUCGAGUCUGUCCGGUGGAUGGAAGAUGCGAACUGCGUUAGCUGCUUCUCUACUGCAGGAUACAGACAUCUUGAUUCUUGACGAGCCAACAAACUUUCUUGAUCUGUUUGGUAUAAUCUGGCUACAGCAGUACCUGACAUCACUGGCCGAGUCCUCAGAUCCUCCAACCCUGAUUCUAGUCUCUCAUGAUCGAGAUUUCAUCUCCCUUUGCACCGAUCUGCUGAUCAUCAAGGAUCAGGACUUGGCCUACUUUCAUGGCGACCUGCCCAUGUAUGAGUCCAGCAAAGCCGAGAAGAAACUCUACCUUACUAAGAUGAAGAAUGCCAAGGAGAAACAAAAGGAGCAUAUUCAGCAGACAAUACAGAAAAACAUGAAAGAGGGUAAAGCUAAGGACGACCAAAAUAAAAUUCGGCAAGCGAAGUCACGCCAGAAGAAACUCGAUGACCGCUUUGGGUUGGAAGUCAGCGCCAAAGGUGGCAGGUUCAAACUAAAUAGAGAUCUUCCAGGGUAUCAUCUCACAAGCCGAGGCGAUAUCGAAAUACCACAUGAUGAAAGACCAAUAAGUUUCAUAUUCCCGCCACCACCAGACUUGAGGUUUCCGGGACCUCUUCUGUCCUUGGAGAAGGUAUCGUUCCGCUACCCAUCCGCCAACGGGAACAAGACUCCGGAUCCAUUUGUGUUGAAAAAUAUCACCCUCUCAAUCAGCAUGGGUGAUCGAGUAGGCAUCUUGGGACUCAACGGCGGUGGUAAAUCUACCCUUAUCAAACUACUGGUUGGAGAAACGAAGAGUACAGUGGGUACAUUUUCAACACAUCCUCGUCUGAAGCUGGGGUAUUACUCUCAGCAUGCAGUGGAAAUAUUGCAGCAAACGGUGGCCGGGGAAUCAGAUUUGACUGCACUCGCUCUCAUUACCCGUGAGGUUUCUGGCGAGCUAGAGGAAGGUGAAAUUCGUGGACUAUUGGGAUCGUUGGGCCUACGAGGGCGAGUUGCUUCUGAGACGCCCGUGCGCAGGCUGUCAGGCGGGCAGCUGGUACGCCUGGAGUUGGCUCGGCUUCUGUGGAGGCGACCUCAUUGUCUCGUCCUUGAUGAAGCCACCACACAUCUUGACUACGAGACCGUCGUUGCCUUGAGAGAAGCCCUGCGAGAUUGGGAGGGAGCCGUCGUUGUUGUGAGCCACGACAGAUGGUUUAUACGUGGUGUCGUUGAGGAUUCGGCCGAGGAUGAAGGAAGUGAGGUAUCAGACGACGGAGAGGAAAUUCUAAGGCGACGGGUUGUGUAUCGCCUCAAAGCUGGCCAGCUGUGCAACCUCGAAGGGGGCGUGCAAGAGUUUGAGGAUAUUAUGGAUAGGCGUGUGCGCAAGCUUGUAGGCUUAUGAGUAAACCACCUGAUCCUGACGCAUGACAAUGGUAUACUUCGAAUUACCCGUAAUAAGUUGUUAGGAUAAUAUAGUAUUACCCAGAAUCGCCCAGGUAAAAAUAUGAUGACAUAUUAUAUA